UCCUGUUGUGAUGUGUAGAUCAAAUGCAGAGCCUCUGAAGAAGAGAGACUUCUGAAAGUAUUAGAACAACUAAAGAAUGGCGAGGUGGCAGAUCCUACAGAGUUGGCUCCUUCUUAUAUCCACCCUUCCUGUUGCCUGGACGGGACAUAAAGACGUUAUGGCAAUGGAUAGCUCUAAGAGACUGAAGCAAUGUUUCUGUGACAUGAAGUCCUCAGACUAUACCUUCCCACUUGAGAAAUUUCAUGACACAGUAUCUGCUGCCAAACACUGCAAUGGUAUCAUGGCAAAGAAACAAUUUCAGGAGGCAGAUGAACUGCAACGCAGCCUCGAAUAUAGGAUCUCACAACUGAAAGACCAGGUGGAUCAGUUUGAAUCAGAGUACGACGCUGGGUUUUACAGCAUUAUUUUCCUGCGGAUCAUUGAGAUUGAACUGGCAGAGCUGAAUGACAUGCUUCGACACCUGCAGAAUCUGGACAAGAGCAACAAACACUUGGCAGUAACACUAACAUCAAAGGUUGUUAACCUCACAGAUGAAGUACAGGAACUAGAAAGUUAUGACCGUCUAGAAGUCUACAAGGAGUAUGAGAAAAACAAACGCCUAAAACGGAGCCUGGAUGAGUGUGAGGUCACUCUACAAGCCACAGCUGCUCCCACUGUUCCACCAGUGUUUGGUAACUGCCCACAUGGACAAAUAUUUUUCAUUGAAGGCCCUAAGACAUACAUGUUAAGCCAAUUUGGUGCUUCAUAUCCCUAUGGUGCCUGGGGUAAAGAUCCUGUACCUGCUCCUGGCAAAGAGACAAUGCACUGGGUUAUGGUUCUUGUUAACAGUAACCUUUUUGGCAGUUAUUUCCGGUCCUAUCCAUCCUAUGGAAACCUUCGGACAGGUAAGGCCUAUACAGAUGUAAGUAUUGCCUCAUCUGUUACAACUACAAACUCCAUCAUGGGACCCUGUGCUGUGUUAUAUGAUGAUGCUUUUUAUUACAAUUGCUACAAUGUCCCACAGGUCUGCAAAUACACUUUGAGUACAAAACAAUUCCAGACACUAACGCUACCAGGAGCUGGCAUAAAGGAUAAGUUCCCAUUCUGUACUCUCAGCUCUACCAUAAGCUACACAGACAUUGAUCUAGCCACUGAUGAAAAUGGACUCUGGGUAAUAUAUGCUACAGAGUCCAACUAUGGCAACAUUGUACUGAGCAGACUGAAUACUACCCGUCUUGACUUCUUGGAAACCUGGAACACCACGAUCUACAAGAAGUCUGUUUCCAACACUUUCAUGGCAUGUGGUGUGCUCUAUGCUACCAGACAUAUUAAUUCUGAGUAUGAAGAGAUUUUCUACAUGUUUGACACAAAGAGUGGUCAGGAAAGCCGAGACUUGAAUAUCCGCUUCCGAAAGCUGUCGAAUAUUAUCCAGCAGAUUAACUACAAUCCACAAGAUCAACUUUUAUAUGUCUUCAAUGAUGCUUACCUUGUGACUUAUAAAACCUGGUUUGAAAAAUAAUUCUAUCCAUGUAAUUUACUAUGACAAGCUUUAUGUUACAACAUACUUAAGACAUAUGUUUAUUUUUAAGAUCUAUAAUUCCUUAGAUUUGUCCUUGAGAUAUCGUCUGUUUUAGUCCGUCUGCUUUUAUGUAAUCAAGUUGUGCCUAUGUAUCAUUUAUAUCCAGUACACUGGUGAAAACUGGUGCGAGUCUAAUGAUCAAGAAAUAUGUUAUGUUUAGGGGAAUUAAUAUGGGGUUUUGUGAUGCUAGGGGGUGUUCUUUUGUCUUUUUAACUGUUCAUUAAUCCAAACAGUUAUCAGGUUUAAAGAUUGUUAUUACAAUUGCACUCCUUUUAUGUUUUGUUCUUUUCUAUUCACACUGAAGUCUAAUAGGCUUGAAAUAAAGUGUACACUAUAUAAAUCUAGCUAUCACUUGAGCCUUGGCCACUUCUAAGACUUCAACAGGCAAAUUAAUAGUCAAGAAGAAAACAUCUUAGUUCUGUAAAUAUUUACUUCAUUCUACUCAUUCUGGUUAUUGCAGCUUUAACACCAAUGACGUAUAAGCCAUGGCAGAAAGCACAUAGCAAUUUUAUUCUAUGAUUAUGUAAUAUUAAACAAUCUGCUAUUUUAUUAAAAUCCUGCAUUUUCUAACAAAGUUGACAUGAUUAUCAAUUCUAGUACAACUGUUUUAACAAAAGGCCUACUAAUGACAAUGCAAAUAAGCAAACAGAAGGAAACUUUUUACUAAAGGCUUGUUAAAAGUGAAGUUGGAGUAAUGAACCAGUAUAAUUAACUUCAUGUCAACAAGCAUGCCAAUUAGGUAGGACUAAACUGUUGACUGCCGAGAUCUUGUCUAAGUUUCCAUACAUUACUAUAAAGUGACUUGUGUGCUUUGCUAAGAUAUGAGUAAGUAACUAGUUUAUAUAAGCAAUAACUCACAGGGUAUAAUUUUACUGGAUAUUAAACAGAUCCUAGGUGUGACAAAAGGCAUAAGGUGAAAUCAGUGAGUACUCAAAUCAUUAUGAGUGUUUAUUAAGUACCAAUAAAUGUACGUUUUGA